AUGGUAUCUGCAUUCAACCUCGCCUUCAUUCUCUGCGCCGUCUCUGUUGCACAUGCGCGUACUCUUGUAAAACCUGAAGGAUUCACCAAGAACGCGAUUCUUGUCAAGUGGACCGUUGCGCAGGAUACGAACUGCCGUGCAAACAUUGCCGCUGCGGACCAAUGCUGGCUCAAAGCCUGCACGGCUAGGAGCGCGCAGUCGUUCACCGUCAAUCUGCUCGGCCCUGUGAUAGAGGAGGGACUCAACAGCGGAAAUGCUUGGGCGGAGUGCACCGCCUCGAACGAUCCUCCCUUUUCAAACCUCAGCGAAGGUCCGAACGGCAACCUAGUCAACCUUUCGCAGGAUGUCGCCGAAAAGGACGUGUCGUUCACUGUGAUCGGCUGA